UCAUGUGGCUUUUAAGGGGCCGGCCCGUCGCCGGAGAGGGAGGUUCCUCUGAACAGUGCAGCUCCGCUCGCAGCAAAAGUAGAACGAUGGCAGAAGUCGCUCCCGCUCCAGCCGCCGCCGCGCCGGCCAAAGCUCCCAAGAAGAAAAGCGCCGCCCGGCCCAAGAAAGCCGGCCCGAGUGUCGGCGAACUCAUCGUCAAGGCUGUUUCUCAGUCUAAGGAGAGGAGCGGCGUGUCUCUCGCCGCCCUCAAGAAGGCUCUGGCUGCCGGCGGCUACGACGUGGACAGGAACAACUCCCGCGUCAAGAUCGCCGUUAAGAGUCUCGUGACGAAGGGCACUCUGGUGCAGACCAAAGGCACCGGCGCCUCCGGCUCCUUCAAACUCAACAAGAAACAAGCCGAGCCCAAGAAGAAGCCGGCAAAGAAAGCGGCGCCCAAAGCCAAGAAGGCGGCCGCCAAAAAGCCCGCCGCUGCUAAGAAGCCCAAGAAGGUAGCGGCGAAGAAGCCCGUGGCCGCUAAAAAAUCGCCGAAGAAAGCCAAAAAACCGGCGGCCGCUAAGAAAGUCGCCAAGUCUCCCAAGAAAGCCAAAAAGCCGGCAGCCCCGAAGAAGGCGGCCAAGAGCCCGAAGAAAGCGAAGGCGGUCAAACCCAAAACAGCCAAGCCCAAAGCGGCGAAAAAGGCCGCCCCCAAAAAGAAGUAAACGGACCGUUUUACUUUCGUGUUCUGUUUUCUCCACUCAAAAACGGCUCUUUUAAGAGCCACACCCACAUUUUCCUCUCAAAGAGCUCAAUGUUCUUUCGUGCUGUACAUCGAAAAUCUUUAGUCGGCCCUUACUGUACUUUAGGAACAGGAGCGGGAAUGGGGUAGUUGUAUUUUAGAUGGAUUUGUUGUGUUUGUGUGUACAAUGGUAUUCAUGUGACUCUGUAUUGUUCUUUUGAUAUGUAUGUAAUUGAAAUAUUUAAUCAAGUUUAUUUAAAAAGGAAAACAGCGAGAAUCUGUCACAUUACUCAAUGUAAUUAAACUGUAAUAUUGUGAAUUCAA